GCAGCGAGGAGUCGGUCAAUUCUGGCUUGAGCAGCAGCCUGACCAACAUCCAAUGGCUGGGCAAGAUGUCUUCCACGGCGCUGAGCUCCUGUAGCGUGAAGAAGGACACGGAGAAGGAGAACCAGACCCCAAAGCAGAAGACAAUUAAGGUAAGGAGUCCCGCAGCGGCCGCCGUCUCUCCGGCUUCAUGGAAGGAAUCCUUCUCCGAACGGCCCCCCUACUCUUACAUGGCCAUGAUCCAGUUUGCCAUCAACAGCACCGAGAAGAAGCGCAUGAUGUUGAAGGACAUCUACACCUGGAUCGAGGACCAUUUCCCCUAUUUCAAGCAUGUGGCCAAGCCAGGCUGGAAGAACUCCGUGCGUCACAAUCUUUCCCUUCACGACAUGUUUGUUCGGGAGAUGUCUGCCAACGGAAAAAUCGCAUUCUGGACCAUCCAUCCCGAAGCAAACCGUUACCUGACCCUGGACCAGGUGUUCAAGCAGCAGAAACGUCCAACUUUGGAUCUGCAGAAGAACGCGAAAGGCACCAAAACGGAGCCCCAGAUUUCCCGGCCAAGGAUUAAGCCCUUGCUGCCACGGGUCAGUUCCUACGUGGUUCCAGUCCACUUCCCGACGGGCGAGCCAUUCCAUCUCCCGUUGCCUUCAAGGCCACCUCUGCCCGCAGGCCAGACUGCCUUGGGGACCAUGCCGGGCAACGCAGCGGAGCGCCCUGCGUCAAAGAUCCUGCGCUCCAGCGACGAACCGGUCCUGUUGCCUUCUCCGAGCUCCAUAAAGGAGGAACAAUAUUGCGGCGAAGAGUCUUGUUCAUUAAACCCACAGCGCCCUCUUGAGGGAGGCAGCUGUACAGACAGCGGAAAACCAUCGGCGGGAGUUCUGAGCGACAGUUUUCUCUCCCCGGAGUGGGUCUCCCCUUUCCUCCCGGUAUGGCCUGUGAAGGAGGAACCAGCAGGAGCUGGUGAAGAGCAGAACCUCCGUGUCCAAGCAUCCCCCAUAAAACAAAAGAGACAGGUUACAGGGGUCAGGUCAGCCCCCCAAAGUACGCUGGUUAUAAAGAGGCAAGAAUUGGGCAGAUCCAGACGGAAGCAGCACUUAGCCCUCUCUUCCUCAGAAGAACCGGUUCUCCUUCUGCCCCUCGGUGGUGGUGGCUCAACGUCCUUCCUGAUGAGACAAUGUCCUUCCAGUCUGGAGGAACCUCUAGCAACCCUUGUCUGUGGUCCAGAAGAAGACCCUCCAGUGAAUUGCAGGCUGCCCAAAGCUUCCACCCCCAAUAAAGCGCCCAUAACCACCUCUAUACCCCUACCACCUACUGACCAGUGGAGAUUGACCCCUUUGGUCAACGAAAGGAGCACGGUUGAUUUCAGUUCUCCGAGAUCUUCUCCCUUGCCCUUCCUGCCCUUCCAGGAGAAUUUAGAUCUGGAGUUUAAUGAGACCUCACUGAGACAAUCCUUGGGUGACUCUCCCCAGUGUCCACUUCUGAACGCAGAAAUGGGUGAAAUAGUUCCUGAACUCUUGGACACUUCUUCCCCAUCCAGCAAGGUGGCCUGUGAGCUUCCAGGGGACAACUCCCUUCUGGAAGACCUUGUUUUGGAGAACAUGCCUGAGAACUGGAGCAAGCUCUCACUGGACCUCAGUUUUCCAGACCCCGAGAACCUGGAGACCGAUCUGAGCUGGUCACAGCUCCUUCCUCACCUAAAAUGA